GUGUAUGAUAUCAUCAGCUCGUGGCAUUGUUUCGGGUAUUCUUUUUAUUUUUUCCAGUUAUAAAUUCAGAGAAUUAAAAUUAAAAAAAAAUAAUUCAAAAUGCCAACAAUCGCUGUUAAUCGUGAUGAAUUAUUCAAACGUUUAGGUCGUACAUACACUGAAGAAGAAUUCAAUGAUCUUUGUUUUGAAUUCGGUAUCGAAUUGGAUGAAGUAACAACGGAAAAACAAUUUAAAGCAAAAGAAUUGGGUAUCAAUCAAACUACUAUUAUGGAUCAAGAAGAGGAAAUUAUUUAUCGUAUUGAAAUACCAGCAAAUCGUUAUGAUUUACUUUGUUUAGAAGGAUUGGCUCGUGCUUUGAAUAUUUUCCUUGAACGAUCUACGAUACCCAAAUAUAAACUUUCUGAACCAUCAUCAAAUCAUCAGAAUGAAUUGAUUGUUUUGCCCAAUACACAAAAAAUUCGACCAUUUGUUGUCGGCGCUGUAUUACGUGGUGUAAAUUUCACUAAACUUUCAUACAACAGUUUUAUUGAUUUACAAGAUAAACUUCAUCAGAAUAUAUGCCGAAAACGAACAUUAGUUGCUAUUGGUACACAUGAUUUGGACACGAUUCAGUGGCCAUUUUAUUAUGAUGCACGUGAACCAGAAUCGAUUGAAUUCAUACCGUUAAAACAAACACAAAAAUUUAAUUCAAAAGAAUUAUUGGAAUAUUAUCUUACAAAUGAUGAACAUAUCAAACCAUAUGUUCCAAUUAUUAAAGAUAGUCCUGUUUAUCCGGUCAUAUAUGAUUCAAAUAAUGUUGUUCUUUCACUGCCUCCUAUCAUAAAUGGUGAACAUAGUAAGAUUACAAUGAAUACGACAAAUAUUUUCAUCGAAUGUACGGCUACCGAUAUUCAUCGUGCUACUAUUGUACUUGAUACAAUGGUUUGUAUGUUUUCUGAAUAUUGUUCAACACCGUUUACCAUUGAUCCAGUACAAGUAACACAAUUUGAUGGUAGUAAACAAAUUUAUCCAUUACUUAAAUAUCGAAAUGAAAAAAUUUCAAUGAAAUAUAUUGAGAAUAAUCUUGGAAUUGGUAUCGAUAGGAAUAAUAUAAAUCGAAUUUUAAAACGAAUGUAUCUAGAAUCUAGCCAAAUAGAUGAUAAUAAUGAAAUUGAUGUUUGUAUACCACCUGUACGGCAAGAUAUUUUACAUCCAUGUGAUAUAUUUGAAGACAUUGGUAUUGGUUAUGGCUAUAAUCGUAUGCAAUUAUCGUUACCUGAUUCAUUCACAAUUGGACAACAAUUUUUAUUGAAUAAAAUAACCGAUCAACUUCGUAAUGAAAUUGCUCGUUGUGGUUUUACAGAAAUUUUUACUUUUAGUCUGUGCUCACGUGAUGAUAUAGCUGAUCGAAUGCGUGAUAAAGAUUCAUUGACAAAAGCGGUAAAAAUAUCGAAUCCAAAAACAUUGGAUUUUCAAGUUGCUCGUACAUCUUUAUUACCUGGUAUAUUGAAAACAAUAGCAUCGAAUAAAAAUAUGCCUUUACCAUUGAAAUUGUUUGAAAUAUCUGAUGUUGUUGUCAAAGAUGAUAAUUAUGAUGUUCGAGCACGUAAUGAACGUUAUCUUUCGGCUAUUUAUUAUCAUAAAAAUUCUGGUUUCGAAAUUAUUCACGGAUUAUUGGAUCGUAUAAUGCAGGUAUUAGAGAUACCAAUGAAAACCAAUGAAUCCACCAAUACUACUGUUGGAUAUUAUUAUUAUUUACGUGCAAAAAAUGAUCCACGAUUUUUGAAUAAUCGAUGUGCAGAAGUAUUGAUCAAUGAACAAAUAAUUGGCAUCAUAGGUGUCGUACAUCCAGAAGUGGUUGGUAAUUUUGAAUUAGCAAUGCCUUGUUCUGCUUUAGAGUUGAGUAUACAGAAUAUUUAUUGAAUGAAGAAAAAAAGAGAGAACAUUAAAAAUAGAGCGAAAAUUUUGUUUUUUA